AUGGCGGAUCGUGUCUCAUCAUCAUUCAAUAGUAAAACUAAGAAUAAAAAUAUUUCUUUAUCAAAUAAUCAUUCGACAUAUACUACAAAUACUUCACAUAAUAUUUCAUCAUCAAAUUUUUAUCCGACAUAUUCAAUGAAUCGUCAUUCACGAGAAUACGAACCAUCAUAUCCAUCAAUAACUCGUUAUCGUACAGCAUCUUCAUCAUCACCUUAUCGUAAAGCACAUUAUUUAGAUGAUUUUAUUGAAGAAAUAAUUCAUGAAGAAAUUCUUGAAAUAACAUAUCUUGAUCAUUAUCCAACAUUACUUGAACGUUGGGGUGAUGAUGCAAAAACAAUUGUUAAACAACAAGGAGAAAAUAUAAUUGAAGACUAUGUAGAAUUUGAAGAAGUUGAACCAACAAUUACAGAAGAAAUUUCAUAUGAAAUAAUUUAUGAAAAUAAUGAAAUUAAAUCAACUAGAGAAAUACAUCAUUCACGUUCAGAAUCUCGAAAUUUUCGUAAAAUUAAAAAACGACGUAUCAAACAUAAAUAUCAAAUACAUGAUAUUCAUACAGAUGAUGUAGAUAAACGAGCAACACAACUACUUGAUAAUAUGCAUAACUUAUCAAUUAAAAUUGACUCAAUCAUUCAAACUGGGAGUAAUUUUAAUGAUGAUUUAUCCGGUGAUGAUUAUGAAUUAACAAAUAUUGAUCAUACAACUGAACAUAUAAUUAAAAAAGAUUUAGAAGAUACUUAUGAAACUAUUCGUACAAUUAACAAUGGUGAUGAUCGUUUUAAUGGUGAUAUCAUUGCUAAUGGGACAUCAUUAUAUGGAAAUGAAGAAAUUUUAUUACAACCUCUUAAGUCAGACGAACAACAAGAAAAUUUGUCCAAUGAAACAAAACAAGAAUAUCAAAAUGUUUUUAUUCCACAAAGAAUAGACGAUGAAGAAGAUUCCAAAGAAUCUCAUCCAUCAUUUUCAAUCUUAACGAAUGAAACUUGUAUGGGAUGCGGACGUCUUUUAUGGCUACCUCCUAUUCCAUCUGAUGAUCACGAAAUCAUCUCACCAAAAGAAUCAUCAAUCAAUAAAUCAAAUGAAGAAAACAAGAAAAUACUAGAAUCUGAAUUGCAAUCGACAACAUCAAAAAUUGAUCAGCAAAAGAUAAUAAUCGAACAAGUGAAAACAACAACACAAGAAAAAGCAUCAGGUCACGACAAUAUACAAUCAAUUCAAAAUCAAUCAUCACCAACAACAGAAACUUCUCUUCAAUCUUUAACUAAUGAAAAACAAAUAACAUUACCAUUAAUCGAACAUGAUUUCGAUGAUGAUUUACUAUCAUUUUUAAAAUCACUAUUAUCUCAUUUAAUGCCAAAUUCAUUCGAUGAAAAUAAUCAAUGUUUAAUUGCUCAAACUAAAUUAACUCAAGAAUCAAUAUCAAAUAUUGAUUCUCAAACAAGUCAAAACAUACCAAUCGAUAAUCGCAAUGAUUCACAUAUUGAAACCUUUCAACCGAACAUUAAAUUUGAAGAACUUACAAAAAUUGACAAAACAUUAACUGAUUCUCAUAUUAAUCAUGAAAAUUUACUAUCGGAAUCUAACAAAAUAUCUCACAUCUCAGAAACUAAACAACAAACAAUUUCUAAAGAUAUAACAAAAUCAAACGAAAUUGAAAAUGUAUCAUCAAAAGUAUCAACUGAAGGAGACCUUGACAUUCAUAUUAUACCACUCAAUUUUCAACUUCCAUCAGAUAAUGUUAAAAUAAGUCUAGCAAAUCAACAAGAAAAUAUUCAUGAUGAUAUUAAUACACAAAUUCCAGAAUCAAUCAUAACUAUAACUGAUAAACAGAAUACGAUGUUUGAUGACCUUCAAUUAUCAAUUGAAGAAGAAACAAAUGAAAAUGAACCUGAAGGUCUUUCAUUAACUAAUCAAACAAUUGCUCAAGGUGAAAAAUCAUUUCUUAAUACUCAUAUUGAAACUACUGAUCAAACUAAUCAAUUAUUAGAAUCUACGAAAUCUUCUACAACUAUUGAUAAACAACAAAAAUCAACUUUAAAAGAUUAUUCAUCGACAGCUGAUAACAUAUCACAAGAAAAUAAAGUUGAAAAUUUAUCAUCGAAUUCUUUAAUUCAAAUUGUUCAUGAAAUUCUUGCUACACCAAACUCUACUAGUCUUUCAUCGGUCAAUAUUAAACCAGAAACAAUUAAACAGACAGUAGAUAAACCAUCAAUCAAUUCACUUGAGGAAAUUAUCCAACAAAUUAAAACUAUUCUAUUGGCAAAAGUAUCUAAAAUAGAAUAUGAUCCAAUGCAAAAUAUACAUGAAGAUAAAAACCAAUCGGACUCAAAUAUUAUUUCAUUGACAACUGAAACUGUACAGAAACCAUUUGAUGAGACUGACCAAACAUAUGCAGAAGAAACAACAAUUUUGUCUAAUGAUCCUGCUACAUUAGUUACUACAUAUCAACCAUCAGGUGAAAUCAAAAUUAACAUAAUUACACCUCAUAAAGAAAAAACAGAUGAGACAUUAAAUACUAAUUUGAACAUUGAAGUUGACAAACAACUGAAAGCUGUUUCUACUCAAUCAACAACAAUGAUAAGACCAGAAAAAGAAUUAAUUCAAAAGACAUAUUCCGAUGAAGAUGAAAACGUAAAGCUGUCGUCAGAUUCUCUUGUUGGUAUAAUACGUCAGAUUAGAGCUACAACAUCUGCUACUCAUUUUCCAUUAGUUAAUCAUACGUCAAACGUAAUUGACAAACCGACAAACAAUUUUAUUAAUGAAACUACUGAACAAAUUCAUAUUACAUCAAUACCAACGACAAAUAUUGAAGAUAAUAAAUUAUUGGAAUCAACAAAGAAUUUGUAUACAAUUGAGAACAUUCAUCAAACAAAUAUUGACAAUGAAGCAAAACAUAUUUCAUCUAAUGUCAUUGAUGAAACCCUUAUUAGAUCAACUGUUGAUGAUAAUACCAAGGUCAAUAUUGUAUCUAAUGAUAUUAAGUCAUCAUCAGAUUCUCUAAUGAAAAUUGUUCAUCAAAUAUUAUCAUCGGCUAUGCAAUCAAUUUUACACAUCAAUUCAUCUGCAUCACCUAUUACAGAUGUAAAUACUCAAACAAAUGUCCAAUCUUCUAUGCAAGAUAUUCUUCCAAAUGAAUCAAAAUUAUUAACUACUUCAAUCAUUACUGAAUUAUCAAACUCUAUUUACCAAGAUGAAUCAUUAAAUGAUAUAAAUAAAAAAUCUAUUUCAUCAUCCGUAUCAAUAACAUCUAAUGAUAUUGUUACUGAAACUAUUUCUGACAUACCUAACAAUCUUCAACAAUCUACUGACAUAAAUUCAAUUAAUCAAUUUAUAAGUGAACCAUCAUAUUCAGUAUCUGAAUUAACCAAUGUCAUGAAUGGUAUUCUUAAUUUUUCAAUGAAAACGUCUGACGAUAACUUUUCGAAUAUACCUCAACAAUCAAAAAUAAUUGAACAAACAACUUCAACAAAAUCCUUUACUCCUGAAACAUCAACAGCAGAAACUGAUUUUCAAGAUUUUUAUCAACGACAAUAUUUUUCAUCACCAAAUAUCGAACAAAUAUCAUUAGAUUUAACUUCUAUCGAUGAUGAACAAUUAGAUCAGAAAAAAUCUACACCUGAUUUAACUAAAAUAUAUUACGAAUUACAAGAACAACGUCAUAUUCAGCCUCUACAUAUUUAUGAGCAAAUAGAACAAAAACAAGAAACAUCAGAUGACAAUCUUAAUAAUCCUGUUCAACAAAUUGAUUUAACAUCAUUUUCACAAAUUUCAAAUUUACCUUCAAGAGAAUAUCAUCAAGUAUUUGGUGUCUCGAAUGAAAUUGUUAAUACAGUUAAUGAUUCAACAAAUUAUAUUGAUCAAAUAAUUCCAUCAAACGUUUCCGAUGAAGUGAAAUCUAUUACUUUCGAUUCAAAUGAAAAGUCACAAAUCACAGAAAUCUUUGAAGAUAAUCGAUCGAUUGUUUCUGAAAAUCAAGAACAACUAAAUAAUGAAUCCAUGCCAAACAUUAUAUCUAAUGCUGAAUUCGAUUUUCGAUAUUCUUCACUAUUAAAUCGACUUGAUACUCUAGCGAAACCAUUACUUAAUUUACCAUUAUCUUCAUCAAUUAUUGCAAAUGAAUUAACAUUGUCAAAAACUCAUCAAGAAAAAGAUACUUACGAUCAUUUAAAUGAACGUUACGAUGUUCUAAUUGAUCAUGUUAAUACACUUGAUGCAACUAUACAUGCUAGUCCUAUUAUCAAGAUGACUGACAUUGAUAAACAAGUUACUACAUUCUCAUCAGAUGAUCAACAUAAUGAACUAAUGAACAACAGUUCGAGUUUAUCCGAUAAAAUCUCUCAUACAACACCACAAUAUCCAACAACUGACACAGAAAUAAUUUCAACAUUUAAUAUAAUAGAAUCAACUGAUACAUUCAAGAAUCCAACAGCCGAAUUACCUGAUGGAAAGACAACUAUCACAUUGUCUAAUCCGUUAAAAAUUGAAUCAAAUAUCGUUUCAAACCAACUUCCAGGCCAUUAUGAUGAUUAUCCAUGGUAUUCAAGUUAUUACACAAUUGCUCAGGCUGAAACGAAGCUUGGUCAAUUAUACAAACAAUUAAACUUUGUUGAUGAACAAAACUGUUCUUCAUCAACAACCGAAUUCCAUGAAAUACUGUCUAGUCACGACCAUGAAUUACAAAAUGAACAAGAUCAAGAUAAUGAUGAAGAAGGUUUUCAUAUUGUACAUCGUCGCAAACGCAUACCUUCGUCAACAACACAUACGAACAUAUUACCAUCAAUUAUCGUACCCACAAAACUACCAAUUAGUUCAGAUAUAGAUCUUGAACCGGUUAUUCUUCAUGGACAUUCAACUGCACCAGCAAUUACUGCGUCGAUCACACCACAAACUAUAAAUAUUUCUAGCAAGACAAAACACAAGAAGAAGAAGAAAGAAAAAUCAGAAGUGAUUUUCUUUGAUGCUCCUGAAUUGAUAUCAUCAGAUUCAAACAAACAGCAAAUCGAUGCUACACAAUCUGAAUUAGUACAGCAGGAAUUUCCGGUGAAUAAUGAAACAAUCAACUCGUCUCAAACCCAUCGAACAAUAACACAUGAAUGUGAACAAUUACAACCAACAUCAAAUGUAAUUUCUAACGAACAACAACAACCAGAAGUUUUAUCGACAUUGACUUCUUCUAAUAUUGAUGAAUUAAAACUAGUAGCUGACAACAAAAAUGAAUUGACUUCUAAUGGUGUUUCGUCAUUGUCAUCUGCUCUAGUUAAAAUGCCUUCAGAUGAGAACAUUGUCAAAACUCAAACAAUUGAACAACAAUCGAUAGACAAAGAGUCAAAUCAACAGUCUGCACCAUCGUUUACAACAACGAGCAUUUCAUCUAUUCAACAAAUAUCAAUCGAUGACCAUAAACAACAAGAUGACACUACAAGCAAACCUGGGUAUCAAGACCUUCAAGUUCUCUAUGAUGAUAAUCAAUCGAAUUCCAAUUAUAAUACAAUCUCUGAUGCAGAAACAACAAAGUUAGAUCACUUAAAUGAAGAAUUAAACUUGGCAAAUGAGCAAAAUCGUUCUCCAACAACAGCGCACUUUCAUGAAACACCCUCUACUGACAACCAUGAAUUAGAAAGUGUAAAAAAUCAGGAUGACGAUGAAGAAGGUUUUCAUAUUGUACAUCGUCGCAAACGAAUACCUUCAUCAACGACACAUGCGAAGAUUUUACCAUCAACUACUAUAGUCACGCAAUCAACACUAAGUUCGGAUAUUGAUCUUGAACCAGUUAUUCUUCACGGGCAUCCGACUGCACCAACUACCACUUCUCCGACCGUUUCAGAAACUACAAAUAUUCCAAGCAAAACAAGGCACAAGAAAAAGAAGAAGGCUAAAACGGAAAUGGUUUUCUUCGAUGCACCUCAAUUGAUAUCAUCGAAUCUUGACAAACAGAAAACCGAUAUUGCGCCAUCUGAAUUAGUGAAACAGGAAGAUACGGUGAAUAUUGGCACAAUGGAUGCUUCCCAACUUAAUCAAAUAACAAAAGAUGAAUGUGAACCAUCACCUGCAAUCUCAAGUGUUAUCUCUGACGAACAACAACAACAACAACAACAGCCAAUUGCUUUAUCCACAUUAAUUACUUCUAAUAUUGAUGAAUUAAAACAAGUAGCUGAUAACAAGCAUGAAUUGACGUGUAACAAUGUUUCGCCAUUGUCAUCUGCUCCAGUUACAAUACCUGCAGAUGAAAUAAAAGUCCAUACUCAAUCAAUUGAGCAACAGUCGAAAGAAAAACCGUCGAUUCUACAGUCUGUACCAUCAUCGAUAACGACAACUCUUUCUUCUAUUCAGCAAACGACAGUCGAUGAUCAGGAACAAGAAGAUGACACUGCGAAUGAAUCGUCAUAUGAAGAACUUCAAGUUCUCUAUGAUGAUUAUCCAUGGUAUUCAAGCUAUUAUGCAAUCGCCGAUGCCGAAGAAAAGAUUGCUCAUUUAUAUAAACCACUCAAACAUGUAGAUCAACAAAGCUGUUUUUCAGCAACAGUCAAAACUCAUGAAACGCUUAUUAUCCAGAAGCAUGAAUUAGAAAGUGAGAAAGAUCAAGAUAACGAUGAUGAGUUUCAUGUUGUUCACCGGCGAAAACGCAUACCUUCAUCAACGACACAAACAAAAACAUUACCAUCAGCUACCAUGACUACCAAACCACCAACUAGCCCAGAUAUAGAUCUUGAACCAGUAAUUCUUCAUGGACAUCCGACUGCACCAACUAUUACUUCUCCGAUUGUUUCAGAAACUACGAAUAUCCCUAGCAAGACAAAGCACAAGAAAAAGAAGAAAGAUACAACGGAAAUGAUUUUCUUUGAUGCUCCGGAAUUGACGUCGCCUGAUGCUAAGAAGGAGAAAAUUCACGAUAAACGAUCGGCAUUAGUAGAACAAGCACAUCCAGUGAAUAUUGAAAUAAUGGAUUCUUCUCAACGUAAUCAAACAAUAGCAUCUGAAUAUGAACAAUUACAGUCAACGCCAACUGAACUUUUUAAUGAACAAAAACAACCAGAACUUUCAUCGCCAUUGAUUACUUCUAAUAUUGAUGAAUUGAAAGUAGUAGCUGACAACAACAAUGAAUUGGCUUCCAAUGAUGCUUUGCAAUUGUCAUCUACUCUAGUUACAAUACCUUCCGAUCAAACAAUAAUCAAUACUGAACAAAAUAGUUCCCCAACAAUUGGUGGGUUUCAGCAAAGAACCUCUGGUCACGACCAUGAAUUAGAAAACGUAAAGGAUGAGGAUGACGAUGGAGAAGGUUUUAAUAUUGUACAUCGUCGAAAAAGAAUACCUUCAUCAACUACGCAUGCCAAGACUUUACCAUCAACUACCAUAAACAUGGAAUCAACACUAAGUUCGGAUAUAGAUCUUGAGCCAGUUAUUCUUCAUGGACAUCCAACUGCACCAACUAUUCGUUCUCCAAUUGUUUCAGAAACUACGAAUAUCCCUAGCAAGACAAACUGUUUUUCAGCAACAGUCAAAACUCAUGAAACGCUUAUUAUCCAGAAGCAUGAAUUAGAAAGUGAGAAAGAUCAAGAUAACGAUGAUGAGUUUCAUGUUGUUCACCGGCGAAAACGCAUACCUUCAUCAACGACACAAACAAAAACAUUACCAUCAGCUACCAUGACUACCAAACCACCAACUAGCCCAGAUAUAGAUCUUGAACCAGUUAUUCUUCAUGGACAUCCAGCUGCACCAACUAUUACUUCUCCGAUUGUUUCAGAAACUACGAAUAUCCCUAGCAAGACAAAGCACAAGAAAAAGAAGAAAGAUACAACGGAAAUGAUUUUCUUUGAUGCUCCCGAAUUGACGUCGCCUGAUGCUAAGAAGGAGAAAAUUCACGAUAAACAAUCGGCAUUAGUAGAACAAGCACAUCAAGUGAAUAUUGAAACAAUGGAUUCUUCUCAACUUAAUCGAAUAAUAGCAUCUGAAUAUGAACAAUUAGAGUCAACGCCAACUGACAUUUCUGAUGUACGACAACAACCCGAAGUAUCAUCGACAUUGACUAUUUCUAACGCUGAUGAAUUGGAACUAGUAGCUGACAACAAGAAAGAAUUGACUUCUACCGAUGUUUCGCUAUUGUCAUCUACUCUAGUUACAAUACCUUCCGAUCAAAUAAUAGUCAAUAUUGAACAAAAUCGUUCUCCAACAAUAGCCGACUAUCAUGAAAGACCCUUUCCUCACGACCAUGAAUUGGAAAAUGUAAAGGAUGAGAAUGACGAUGAAGGAGAUUUUCAUAUUGUGCAUCGUCGCAAACGCAUACCUUCAUCAACUGCGCAUGCAAAGACUUUACCAUCAAGUACCAAAACCACGGCAUCAACACUAAGUUCCGAUAUAGAUCUUGAACCGGUUAUUCUUCAUGGACAUCCAACUGCACCAACUACUACUUCUCCGAUUGUUUCAAAAAUCAUGGAUACACCAAGCAAGACAAAGCACAAGAAAAAGAAGGAUAAAACAGAAAUGAUUUUCUUCGAUGCACCUGAACUGACAUCAUUGGAUGCAAACAACCAGAAAAGCGAUGUUGCACAGUCUCAAUUAAUAGAACAAGAACAUCCUGCGAAUAUUGAAACAAUAGAUUCUUCUGAAAUUAGUGAAACAAUUACAGGUGAACAUAAGCAAUUAGAAUCUACCUCUACUGACAUUUCGACCGAACAAAAACAGAUAGAAGUUUUAUCCCCAUUGAUCACUUCUAAUAUUGAUGUAUUAAAACCAAUUGCUGAUGAAGAGAAUGAAAAGACUGGUACCGGUCUCAUGCAAUCAUCUUCAAUUCCAUUCACAACAUUUCCGGAAGAACUAGACGUCGGUUCUCAGUCAAUUGAGCAACAAUCCAUGGAUGCAGAGUCAAUUCAACAGUGUUUACGAAUAUCUCCUGAUAUUGAAGUAGUUUCUCAACCAGUAGUAGGACAAGAAAAACAAGCAGACAGUGAAGAAUUUCAAGAUGCUCAUCAUUGCAAGCAUGCCACCUCACCACCUCGAUCUCGUACGCCUCCGCAAUCAUCAUCUUUUACAAAUAGUAUUGAUGGACAAAAUAUUAGUCCUGAUAUUGACCGUAAACCUGUAGUUAUUCAUGGACCUCAUGAUUCAGCAUCUCGUUCCAUUCCGCGUACAACAGUUGCCGCUGAAACAGCUUCAACUUCAACGGAUCAAUCUACAGAGCCCGGUGAUAAAGUCGUAACUUCAAAGGUAGCAGACAGCGCAGUUGUUAUUUCAACAAGAUCUGAUGCCAUAGUAACAGAAGUAGAAGCUGCUCAUCAAGAACAAUCAUCAUUCACAGGUUUACCCGCAAUUAUGCAAGACGUUUUAUCACCAGUAAUUGAAGUGAAAACAGCUCCUUCGUGUAAUCUACUUGACAAUGCAACAUCGUUUGAAACUAAUGAUACACCUACUUUAACAAGCACUUUAUUUACAUCAGAACCUAGUGAAAAAGACAUUAGUCUUGUUAAUACACAUUCAUUGAACGUACAAAUAAUUCCUUCUGAAUUAAACACACCCGUCAAAGAUGUUACUACAACUGUUCAAGGAGUUGUUGAAACUACACAUAAAAACAUUUUACCUACACAAGACGAAAUAACUUCGAUACCAGAACAUUCCUUAAUUUCCACUUAUGCUUCUGACUCACCUAGUUUUCAAAUCACCGACACUGAACAUACUCGCCUUUCUUCUACUCUUCAAACAUCAGUCGAAGAUCGUAAACAACAAGAUGAACUUAUGAACAAACCUUCAUGUGAAAAAGUUGAAGUUUUCUAUGACGACUACCCAUGGUACUUAAGUUAUUAUACAAUUGCUGAUGCCGAAACAAAGCUUGGUACAUUAUAUAGACGAUCAUACUCUUUCAAUGAACAAAACUAUUUAUUAACAAGAGUUGAUGUUCAUGAGAAGCUCUCUAGCCACGACAAUGAAAUACAGAAUGAAAAAGACAUAGAUGAUCAUGACGAUGAAUUUCAUGUUGUGCAUCGUCGCAAACGCAUACCUUCAUCAACUACACAUACGAAAAUAUUACCAUCAACUGCCAUAACCACGAAAACAUCAAUUAGUUCAGACAUAGAUCUUGAACCAGUUAUUCUUCAUGGACAUCCAACUGCACCAACCAUUACUAAUCCGAUUGUUUCUGAAACUACGAAUAUCCCUAGCAAGACAAAGCACAAGAAAAAGAAGAAAGAUAAAACGGAAAUGAUUUUCUUCGAUGCUCCUGAAUUGAUAUCGUCUCAUGCUAAGAAGGAGAAAAUUCACGAUACACAAUCGGCACUAGUAGAACAAGAGCAUCCAUCGAAUAUUGAAACAAUGGAUUCUUCGCAACUUCAUCAAACAAUAGCGUCUGCAUAUGAAACAUUACACUCAACGUCAACAGAAAUUUCUAAUGAACAAAAACAACCAGAAGUUCUAUCGGCAUUGUCUACUUCUAAUAUUGAUGAAUUGAAACCGGUAGCUGACAACAAGAAUGAAUUGAUUUCUAAUGAUGUUUCGGUAUUGCCAUCUGCUCUAGUUACAAUACCUUCAGACGAAAUAACGGGCAAUACUGAACAAAAUCGUUCUCCAGCAACAGCUGACUUUCAUGAAACACCCUCUACUGACGAUCGUGAAUUAGAAAAUGUAAAAAAUGAGGAUGAUGAAGGCUUUCAUAUUGUACAUCGUCGAAAACGAAUACCUUCAUCAACUACGCAUGCAAAGACUUUACCAUCAACUACCAUAAGCACAGAAUCAACACUAAGUUCGGAUAUAGAUCUUGAACCAGUUAUUAUUCAUGGACAUCCGACUGCACCAACUAUUACUUCUCCGAUUGUUUCAGAAACUACGAAUAUCCCUAGCAAGACAAAGCACAAGAAAAAGAAGAAAGAUACAACGGAAAUGAUUUUAUUUGAUGCUCCCGAAUUGACGUCGCCUGAUGCUAAGAAGGAGAAAAUUCACGAUAAACAAUCGGCAUUAGUAGAACAAGCACAUCCAGUGAAUAUUGAAACAAUGGAUUCUUCUCAACUUAAUCGAACAAUAGCAUCUGAAUAUGAACAAUUAGAGUCAACUCCAACUGACAUUUCUGAUGCACGACAACAACCAGAAGUAUUAUCGACAUUGACUACUUCUAAUGCUGAUGAAUUGGAACUAGUAGCUGACAACAAGAAAGAAUUGACUUCUGCCGAUGUUUCGCUAUUGUCAUCUACUCUAGUUAGAAUACCUUCCGAUCAAAUAAUAGUCAAUAUUGAACAAAAUCGUUCUCCAACAAUAGCCGACUAUCAUGAAAGACCCUCUCCUCACGACCAUGAAUUGGAAAAUGUAAAGGAUGAGGAUGACGAUGAAGGAGGUUUUCAUAUUGUUCAUCGUCGCAAACGCAUACCUUCAUCAACUGCGCAUGCAAAGACUUUACCAUCAAGUACCAUAACCACGGAAUCAACACUAAGUUCGGAUAUAGAUCUUGAACCAGUUAUUCUUCAUGGACAUCCAACUGCACCAACUAUUAGUUCUCCAAUUGUUUCAGAAACUACGAAUAUCCCUAGCAAGACAAAGCACAAGAAGAGGAAGAAAGAAAAAUCAGAAGUGAUUUUUUUCGAUGCUCCUGAAUUGAUAUCAUCGGAUCCAAACAAACAAAAAAUCGAUGAUACACAAUCUGAAAUAUUACAGCAAGCACUUCCGGUCAAUAUUGAAACUUUGGAUUCCUCUCAAAUUAAUGAAAGAAUAAAACAAGAAUGCGUUCAGUCACAAUCAGCCUCAAGCGAAAUUUCUAAUGAAAAAGACCAACCAGAAGUUUUAUCGACAGUCACUACUUCCAGCACUAAUAAACUAGAACAGAAAGCUGAUAAUGAGAAUGAAAUAACUUCAAGUGAUGUUUCGCAAUUAUCCUCUACUCCCGUUAGAAUAGUUUCGGAGGAGGAAAAAGUUGAUAUGCAAUCAAUCGAACAACAGCCGAUCGAUAAACAAGCGAUUAUGUGGUCUUCAGCAACAUCAGAGAUGACUACUAGAGCAUCUGCUGAUACUGAACUAGUUUCUCAAUCAGCAAGAGAAGAAGAAGAACAAGAAGACAAUGAAGGAUUUCAAGUUGUUCAUCAUCUCAAACAUAUCACAUCUGCACCUCGAUCCAGAAAAAUCCAACAAUCAUCAUCGACAACAAAUACUAUUUAUGGACAAAAUAUUAGCCCUGAUAUUGAUCUUAAACCUGUAGUUAUUCAUGGACGUAAUGAUUCAGCAUCUCGAUCCAUUCCUCGUAGAACUGCAAUCAACGAAACGGCUUCAACUUCGACUAGUCAAUUUGCAAAGUCCGGUGAUAAACUGUUAACUUCAAAUAUAACAGAUAACGAAGUUGUUAUUUCGAGACCUUCGGAAGAAAUAGUGCCAGAAUUAGAAGUCGCUGUUCAAGAACAAUCAUCAAUCAUAGGCUUAUUCGAAAUUAUGAAAGACAUUGUGUCAGCAGUACCUCAAAAAAUUAUAGUGUCAUUGGAGCCUACGGAUAAAACAACUCAUUCUGCAAAUACAAGUUCAUCAGUAGAAGAACAUACUCCUGCUGAUGUUCCUAGAUCUGGAGAAGAAAUAACAUCAACCAUAAAGACAACGAUUGUCACAUCGGAAGGAAUAAGAGCAAAGGAAGAACAACAAUUAUCAUCAACAGGAUUGUUUCACAGAGUGAAAAAUCUUUUACCAGCGACAUCUCUUCCAAAUACAUUCAGUGAAACGACUUCAGAAGCCAUUCAACAAAUUGUAAAAUCACAACAACAAGAAGACACUACAGAGGAAUUCGUUGAUGCAAAUGAUUCAUCCACUGUCCAGAAUCUGUUGUCAAUUUCUCCAAAUUUAAUGACUAAUGCCGCUCGUAAGCAAGAUUAUCCAACCAAAGAUAGACCGAUACCGGCUGAAGAAGAACGUCACACUGUAUUCGAUCUUGUUGUUCAAGCUGUACCAGAGGUGAAAGAGAUAAUAUCAAAUCUUGGCUCUACUCAGGAAGGACCUGACUUACUACAAGCUUCAUCCAAUUUAUUAGACAAAUCACUGAUUAAUACUUUAGAAUGUGGCAAUUUAUAUAAUGAUAAAGAGCAACAAACAUUUAUUGCAACCGUUAAAGAAGUUGUUGAAGCUCCACAAAAAAACAUUUCACCUAUUCAAGAGCAAAAAAUUCCGAUUCCAGAACAUUCCUUAAUUUCCACUUAUCCCUCUGACUCAUAUACAUUUCAAAACACCGACCCUAAACGCGACACACUUUCUUCUGGUACCAAAACAUCACCUGAACAUUAUAAACAACAAACUGAAAUUAUCAAUAAACCUUCAAAUGAAAAACUUCAACUAAUCUAUGAUGAUUAUCCAUGGUACUCAAGUUACUAUACAAUUGCUGAUGCCGAAGCAAAGCUUGGUACAUUUUAUAUACGAUUAUACUCUUUCAAUGAACAGAACCGAUCAUUAACAACAGUUGAUGUUCAUCAGAAGCACUGUACCAACGACCAUGAAUUACAAAAUGGAAAAGACAUACCUGACAAUGACGAUGGAUUUCAUGUUGUUCACCGUCGCAAACGCACACCUUCAUCGACGACACAUACGAAGACUUUACCAUCAACUACCAUAACCAUGGAAUCAACACUAAGUUCAGAUAUAGAUCUUGAACCAGUUAUUAUUCAUGGACAUCCAACUGCACCAACUAUUAGUUCUCCAAUUGUUUCAGAAACUGCGAAUAUCCCUAGCAAGACGAAGCACAAGAAAAAGAAGAAGGAUAAAACGGAAAUGAUUUUCUUUGAUGCUCCCGAAUUGACGUCGCCUGAUGCUAAGAAGGAGAAAAUUCACGAUACACAAUCGACAUUAGUAGAACAAGAACAUUCAGUGAACAUUGAAACAAUGGAUUCUUCGCAACUUCAUCAAACAAUAGCGUCUGCAUAUGAACCAUUACACUCAACGUCAACAGAAAUUUCUAAUGAACAAAAACAACCAGAAGUUCUAUCGGCAUUGAUUACUUCUAAUAUUGAUGAAUUGAAACCGGUAGCUGACAACAAGAAUGAAUUGAUUUCCAAUGAUGUUUCGGUAGUGCCAUCUACUCUAGUUACAAUGUCUUCAGACGAAAUAAUAGUCAAUACUGAACAAAAUCGUUCUCCAGCAACAGCUGACUUUCAUGAAACACCCUCUACUGACGAUCGUGAAUUAGAAAAUAUAAAGAAUGAGGAUGACGAUGAAGAAGGUUUUCAUAUUGUGCAUCGUCGCAAACGAAUACCUUCAUCAACUACGCAUGCGAAAACUUUACCAUCAACUGCCAUAACCACGGAAUCAACACUAAGUGCGGAUAUAGAUCUUGAACCAGUUAUUAUUCAUGGACAUCCAACUGCACCAACUAUUAGUUCUCCAAUUGUUUCAGAAACUACGAAUAUCCCUAGCAAGACGAAGCACAAGAAAAAGAAGAAGGAUAAAACGGAAAUGAUUUUCUUUGAUGCUCCCGAAUUGACAUCGCCUGAUGCUAAGAAGGAGAAAAUUCACGAUAAACAAUCGGCAUUAGUAGAACAAGAACAUCCAGUGAAUAUUGAAACAAUGGAUUCUUCUCAACGUACUCAAAGAAUAGCAUCUGAAUAUGAACAAUUAGAGCCAACGUCAACUGAACGUUCUAAUGAACAACAACCGGAAGUUUUAUCAACAUUGACUGCUUCUAAUAUUGAUGAAUUGAAACUAGUAGCUGACAACAAGAAUGAAUUGACUUCUAAUGAUGUUUCGCCAUUGUCAUCUACUCUAGUUACAAUACCUUCAGACCAAAUAACGAGCAAUACUGAAACAAGUGAACGGCAAUCAAUAGACAAAGAGCCAGUUCAACAGUCUUCACCACCGUUUACAACGACGGACAUUUCGUCUAUUCAAAAAAUACCAAUCGAUGAUCAUAAACAACAAGAUGACACUACAAGCAAACCUCUGUAUCAAGAUCUGCAAGCUCCCUAUGAUGAUUAUCAAUUGCAUCCUACUUGUUAUUCAAUUGCCGAUGCAGAAACAAAGCUUGCUGAAUCGAAUCAACAAUUGAACUUGGUCAAUGAACAAAAUCGUUCCCCAUCAAUAGCUGACUUUCAUGAAACACCCUCUACCGACGAUCGUGAAUUAGAAAGCGUAAAGGAUGAGGAUAACGAUGAUGGAACUUUUCAUAUUGUACAUCGUCGGAAACGAAUACCUUCAUCAACUACGCAUGCGCAGACUUUACCAUCAACUGCCAUAAUUAUGGAAUCAACACUAAGUGCGGAUAUAGAUCUUGAACCAGUUAUUCUUCAUGGACAUCCGACUUCACCAAUUAUUAUUUCACCGAUCGUUUCAGAAACUACGAAUAUUGCUAACAAGACAAAGCAUAAGAAAAGGAAGAAAGAAAAAGCAGAAAUAAUUUUGUUUGAUGCUCCUGAAUUAAUACCAUCGGAUGUUAACAAGCAGAAAAGUCACACUGAACAGUCUGACUUAGUAGAACAAGAACGUUCAGUGAAUAUUGAAACAAUGGAGUGUCCCCAUGUUAGUCAAGGAAUAACAGGUGCAUAUGAACAAUUGGAAUCACGCUCAACUGAAAUUUCUAAUGAACAACAUCAGCCAGAAGUUUUAUCAACAUUGAUUACUUCUAAUAUUGAGAAAUCAAAACAAGCAACUGAUAGAGAGAAUGAAGUGGCUUCUAGCCAUGUUUCGCAGUCGUUUUCAAGUCCACAUACACAAGUUGCGGAAGAAGGAAAAGUUGGUACUCAAUCAGUCGAACAUCAACAGAUAGAUAAAAAGUCGGCUGUACCUUAUCCAUCAUCACCUAUAACUAGUACUACGGCAUCAAACGAUACUAAAGUAGUUCCUCAAUCAACAGUAGCAGAAGAAGAACAAGAAGACAAUGAAGGAUUUCAACUGGUCCAUCAUUGCAAACAUGGCACCUCAGCACCUCGAUCUCGUAAAGCUCCGCAAUCAUCAUCUUUUACAAAUAUUAUUGAUGGACAAAAGAUUGGUCCUGAUAUUGAUCUUAAACCUGUAAUUAUUCAUGGACGUCAUGAUUCAGCAUCUCGAACCAUCCCUGUUACAACUGCUAUUCCUGAAAGCCCUUCAAUUUGGACUAGUCAAUCUGCAAUGUCCGGUGAUAAAGUCUUAACUUCAAAUGUAAGAGAUAAGGAAGUUGUUGUUUCAAAACCUUUCGAAGAACUAGUAGCUGAAGUAGAAGUCGCUUUUGAAGAAAAAUCAUCAAUCACGGAUUUAUCUGGAAUUAUGAAAGACGUUUUAUCAGCAGUAAUUGAAACGAAAGGAACUCUGUCGUCAGAUGUUGAAGCACAAAGUUCUCUGAUCGAUGAAACCAUUGAACAAGAAGGCUCAUCAGAUCAAGUUAAUUAUGCAACAUUGCUUGAGAGUAAGGAUACUCCUACUUCAACAAACACCUUAGUAUCAUUAGAGCCUACGGAAGAAACAACGCAUCGUGUAAAUACAAGUUCAUUGGUUGAUGAACAAUUUCGUUCUGAAGUUACUAGACCUCUAGAAGAAAUAUCAUCAACCAGUAAACCGACCAUUAUCACAUCGGAAGAAAUGAAAACAAACGAAAACAACGAACAACAACAGUUAUCAUCAGCAGAAUUGUUUGACAAUAUGAAAAGUCUUUUACCAUCAAGACUUCUAUCAAAUACAUCCAAUGAAACAAUUCCAGAAAGUAUUCAAUCAACAGUAAAAUCUCAACAACAAGAGGGCACUGCAGAGCAAUUCGUUGAUGCCAACGAUUCAUCGACUGUUUUUAUAGAACCCACAUCUAUACUAUAUGAUACAACAUCCAUUAUCCAAAACGUUUUGUCAAUAUCUAGUAUUCCAAGUACUGAUGCCAUUCGUAAAGAAGAUUAUCCAAUGAAGGAUAGAAAAAUAGAAGUAUGUGAGACGGCUUCACCGACAACGACUAAAGAAAAGCAUGAUGGCGUAUUCGAUCCUGUUGCUCGAGCCCUAUCCAAUGUUAAACAAACAAUAUCUGAUCUUAGAUCUUCCAUCGAGAGAACUAUCUUAUCAGAUUCGUCAUCAAAUUUAACUGAUAAGCCCCUGGAUAAUAUUCAACAAUCCGAUGAUUCACUUAAUGAUGAAAGCAAGCAAACGUUUAUUGGAACAAUUGAAAAUACACAUGAAAAGAUUGUACCUACACAAGACCGAACAAUUCGGAUUACUGAACAAUCCUUGAUUUCCACAUAUCCUUCUCACUCACAUCAAAUUCAAAAUACCGACACUGAACAUCAUUAUCUUCCUUCUAGUCAUCAAAUAUCAACAGAAGAUCAUAAGCAAAAAGAUGAAUUCGCGAAAAAACCUUCCCAUGAAAAAGAUCAAAUUCUACAUGACGACUAUCCAUGGUAUUCAAGUUACUAUAGUAUUGCUGACGCCGAAACAAGGAAUACUGGAUUACUUCAACAAUUAAAUCCUGUCACUGAAGAAAAUAGAUCAUCAACAAUAAUCGGCCUCCAUGAAACACUCUAUAUCCACGACAGUGAAAUAGAAUAUGAAAAAGAUGAGAAUGACGAUGACGAAGGCUUUCAUACUGUGCAUCGUCGCAAACGCAUACCUUCAUCAACUACACAUACAGAGACAACACUAUCAACUAUCAUAACAGCAAGACCACCAAUUAGUUCAGAUAUAGACCUUGAACCAGUUAUUCUUCAUGGACAUCCAACUGCACCAGUCGUUGUUUCUUCAAUUGUACCACAAGCUAUAAAUGUACCUAGCAAGACAAAAUAUAAGAAAAAGAAGAAAGAAAAACCAGAAAUGAUUUUCUUCGAUGCUCCGGAAUUGAUAUCACCUGAUCCAGACAAACAAACACAUGAUGCUGCACAAUCUGAAUUAGUAGAACAGAAACGUUCGGUAGAUAUUGAAAUAGCAGAUUCUUCUGCAAUCCAUCAUACAAUAAAACAUGAAUUUGAACAAUUACAUCCAAUCUCAACUAAAAUUUGUAACAAACAACAGCAACGGGAAGUUUUAUCGACAUUGAUUACUUCUAAUAUUGAUGAAUUAAGACAAGUAGCUGAUAAAAACGAUACUCAAACAAUCGAACAGCAAUCGAUCGAUAAAGAGCUGAUCCAACCGUCUUCACUAUCAUCUACGACGGCUACUACAACAUCUACUCAUACUAAAGUAAUUUCUCAAUCAGCAGCAGAAGAAGAAGAACUAGAAGACAAUGAAGGAUUUCAAGUUGUUCAUCAUCACAAACAUAUUACAUCAGCGCCUCGAUCCCAGAAAACUCAACAAUCAUCAUCGACAACAAAUACUAUUUAUGGACAAAAUAUUAGUCCUGAUAUUGAUCUUAAACCUGUAGUUAUUCAUGGACGUCAUGAUUCAGCAUCUCGAUCCAUUUCUCGUACACCUAGCAUCAACAAAACACCUUCAACUUCAACAAGUCAAUCUUCUAAAUCCAACGAUAAAGUCCUGGCGUCAAUUGUAACAGACAAUGAAGUUGUUAUUUCAAGACAUCCGGAAGAAAUAGUAACAGAAGUAGAAGCCAGUCAUGAACAACAGUCGUCAUCCACAGGUUUAUCCGAAAUUAUGAAAGACGUUUUAUCGCCACUCGCUCAAACCAGAACAAGUCCUCCGUCUAAUAUAGUUGACAAUGCAGCAUGGUUUGAAACUAAUGAUACACCUACUUCGACAAGUACUGUACUCACAUCGGAACCUACUCACGAAGCAACUCAUUCUGUUAAUAUCACUUCCUCGGUCGAAGAACAACUUCUUCAUCAAUGUAUCUCAACCACUGAUUCCACCAUUAUCAGACCGGAAGAAAUAAAACCAAACGAAGACUACCAUGAACAACAACUAUCAUCAACAGGAUUGUUUGAUACAAAGAAAAGUAUUUUGCCAUCAACACUUCUGUCAAAUGCAUCUAAUGAAACGAGUUUAGAAAUUAUUCAAUCAGUGGUAAAAGCUCAACAACAAGAACACACUGCUGAACAAUUCUUUGAUGCAACCGAUUCAUCCAGUAUUUUUGCCAAACCAAUAUCUUUUCUAGAUUAUACAUUGCCCAAUGAUCAAAGUAUUUUGCCAGUAUCUAGCGAUUCAACUACUAGUUUUGGUCAUCGAUCAAAGGACACGGCGAUUGAUGAACCGAUAGAGACCGAAGAAAAACAUCAUGGUGUAUUCGAUCUUGUUGUUCGAGCUAUAUCAAAUGUCAAAGAAACAUUAUCUAAUCUCAGUUCUUCUGAUGCAAAACAUGCCUUACUAGAAUCUCCAUCAAACUUGUCUGAUCAGCCCCAGGAUAGUACGCAACAACCUGAUUAUGCACAUAAUAAUAAAGAAAAACAAACGUUUAUUGGAACCAUCAAGGAAGUUGCUGAAAAUGUGCUCGAAAAGAUUGUACCUACACAAGAACAAUUAACUCAAAUCAUAGAACAGUCCGAAAUUUCAAAUUAUCCUUCGCUUUUAAAUCAAUAUCAAGCCACCGAUAAUAACUCUGAUCGUCUUUCUUCUAUUCAUCAAACAUUAACCGAUGAUCAUAUCCAUAAAAAUAAAUUUGUAAACAAACCUUCAUAUCAAAAACUUCAAGUUUUCUAUGACGACUAUCCAUGGUAUUCAAAUACUUAUACAAUUGCCGAUGCCGAAACAAAGAUCGCCCGAUUAUAUAAACAAUUAAAUGUUGUCACUGACGAGAAUCGGUCAUCAACAGUAGUUGACCUUCAUGAAACACCCUCUACUCACGACCAUGAAUUAGAAAAUGAAAAAGAUGAGGAUGACGACGAGGAAGGCUUUCAUACUGUGCAUCGUCGCAAACGCAUACCUUCAUCAACAACACAUGCCAAGACCCUACCAUCAACUAUCAUGACCACGAAUUCAUCAAUGAGUCCAGAUAUAGACCUUGAACCAGUUAUUCUUCAUGGGCAUCCGACUGACCCAACUAUUACUUCCCCGAUCGUUUCAGAAACUACAAAUAUCCCUAGCAAGACAAAGCACAAGAAAAAGAAAAAAGAAAAACCAGAAAUGCUUUUCUUCAAUGCUCCAGAAUUGAUAUUAACUGAUACCAGCAAGCAGAAAAGUGAUACGGCACAAUCUGAAUUAGUUGAACAAAAACGUUCGGUGAAAAUAGAAACAGCAGAUUCUUCUGAAAUUAAUCAAACAAUAAAACAUGAAUGUGAACAACUACAAUCAACCUCAACUGAAAUUUCUCACAAACAGCAACCAGAAGUUUUAUCCACAUUAGUUACUGUUAAUACUGAUAAAUUAAAACACAUAUAUGAUAAAGAGAAUAAUGUGACUUCUGACGACGUUUCGCAAUUAUCUUCAACUCCCGUUACAAUAGUUUCGGAUGAGAGAAAAGUUGUUACUCAAUCAACAGAACAACAACCGAUAGAUAAACAGUCGAUUCCAUAUUUUUCAACAGCGUCGAUCAUGCCUACCACAACAUCAACUCAUACUAAAGCAAUUUCUCAAUCAGCCGCAGUAGAAACUGAAGAAGAAGAAGACAAUGAAGGAUUUCAAGUUGUUCAUAAUCACAAACAUAUCACAUCCGCACCUCCAUCGCGAAAACCUCAACAAUCAUCAUCAACAACAAAUGUUAUUUAUGGACAAAAUAUUAGUCCUGAUAUUGAUCUUAAACCUGUAGUUAUUCAUGGACGUAAUGAUUCAGCAUCUCGAUCUAUUCCUCGCACAACUGCCAUCAACGAAACGGCUUCAACUUCGAUUAGUCAAUCUGCAAUGCCCGGUAAUAAAAUCUUAACUUCAAAUGUAACAGAAAACGAUGUUGUUAUUGCAAGAACAUCUGAUGAAAUAGUAACAGAAGUAGAAGCUGCUCAUCAAGAACAAUCAUCAUUUGCUGGUUUAUCAAUGAUUUUGAAAGACGUUUUAUCACCAGUACCUCGAAAGAAAAUAGCUCAUGCAUCUCAUGUUGAAGAACAAAGCCGCAUCAUUGAUCAAACUGUGGAAGAAAAGACUUCAUCACAUGAAUGCGAUUAUUCAACAUUGCAUGGAACUAGUAGUACUUCUACUUUGUCAAGCACUUUACUCACAUCGAAACCUACUGAAGAAGCAACUCAUUUUGUUCAUACAAGUUCAUUGAUCGAACAACAAAUUCCUUCACAUUUUAUGACCCCCAUCAAAGAUGUAAUCUCAACCACGGAAAAAAUGGCACAAAACGAAAACAACGAGCAACAAAAUGUAUUAUCAACAGGAUUGUUCGAUAAAGUGCAAAGCCUUUUACCUUCUACACUUGUGUCAAAGACGGCUCAUGAAACAAGUUCAGAAACUAUUCCAUCAGUUCUAAAUGCUCAACAACACGACGACACUGCUGUGCAAUUCAUAGAUGUACAUGAUUCAUCGAGUGUUGUGACCCAAUCAAAAUCUGUUCUAGAUGUUACAAUACCCAAUGACCAAAGUAUUUUGUUAGUAUCCAGUAUUUCAAGUUCUAAUACCGAUCAUCAAGAAGAUUCUUCAACGAAGGAUGAGCCGAAAACAACUGAAGAAAAGCAACACGGUAUAUUUGAUCUCGUGGUUCAAGCUAUAUCAAAUGUCAAAGAAACCAUAUCUAAUAUUGGUUCUUCUGCCGAUAAUCAUCAAACACUAACAGAUGAUGAUAAGCAACAAGACAAAUUUGUAAACAAACCUCCAUAUGAAAAACUUCAAGUUAUCAAUGAUGAUUAUCGAUGGUAUUCAAAUUAUUAUCCAAUCGCCGAUGCGGAAGCAAAGAUCGCCCAAUUAUAUAAACAAUUAAAUGUUGUCACUGAAGAAAAUCGAUCAUCAACAGUAGUCGACCUUCAUGAAACACUCUGUACUGAUGACCAUGAAUUACAAAACGAAAAAGAUGAGGAUGACGAUGAGGAAGGCUUUCAUACUGUGCACCGCCGCAAACGUAUACCUUCAUCAACUACACAUGCGAAGACAUUGCCUUCGACUAUUAUGACCACGAAUCCACCAAUUAGUUCAGAUAUAGACCUUGAACCAGUUAUUCUUCAUGGACAUCCAAUUGUACCAGUCGUUACUGCUCCGAUCAUGCCACAAAGUGUAGAUAUUGCUAGCAAGACAAAACACAAGAAAAAGAAGAAAGAAAAAUCAGAAUUGAUUUUUUUUGAUGCUCCUGAAUUGGUAUCAUCUGAUGCAAACGACGAGAAAGUUGACGCUGAACAAUCUCAAUUAGUAGAACAAGAAUAUCCAAAGAAAAUUGAAACAAUGAAUUCUUAUGAAAUCAAACAAACAAUAAAUAAUGAGUUUGGACAAUUACAUCCAAUAUCAACCGUACUCUCUGACGACCAAAAAACACCAGAAGUUUUAUCAACAUUGAUCAUUUCCUGCACUGAUGAAUUAAGACAAGUAGCUGAUAAAAACGAUACUCAAACAGUCGAACAGCAAUCGAUCGAUAAAGAGUUGAUCCAACCGUCUUCACCAUCAUCUACGACGGCUACUACAACAUCUACUCAUACUAAAGUAAUUUCUCAAUCAGCAGCAGAAGAAGAAGAACUAGAAGACAGUGAAGGAUUUCAAGUUGUUCAUCAUCACAAACAUAUCACAACCGCACCUCGAUCCCAAAAAACUCAACAAUCAUCAUCGACAACAAAUGUUAUUUAUGGACAAAAUAUUAGUCCUGAUAUUGAUCUUAAACCUGUAGUUAUUCAUGGACGUCAUGAUUCAGCAUCUCGAUCCAUUCCUCGUACACCUACUAUCAACGAAACAGUUUCAACUUCGACUAGUCAAUCUGCAAUGUCCGGUGAUAAAGUCUUAACUUCGCAUGUAACAGAAAACGAUGUUGUUAUUGCAAGAACAUCUGAUGAAAUAGUACCAGAAGUAGAAGCUGUUCAUCAAGAACAAUCAUCAUUUGCUGGUUUAUCAAAAAUUGUGAAAGAGGUUUUAUCGCCAAUGAUUCAAACAAAAACAACUUCUUCGUCGCAUGUUGAAGAACAAAGUCGAAUCAUUAGUCGAACUAUUGAAGAAAAAUCUCUGUCAAAUCUAGUUGACUCUGCAACAUCCUUUGGAACCAAUGAUAUUUCUACUCUGACAAGCACUUCAUCCACAUCGCAACCUAUCGAAGAAACAUCUCAUACUGUUAUGAACAUUUCAUUAAUCGAAACAGAAAUUCCUUCCGAAGUUACCGCAUCUCUCAAAGAUGUAACCCCAACGACGGAAUUGACGAUAGUCACAUCGGAAGAAAUGAAAACAAACGAAGACAAUGAACAAGAAUUAUCAUUAGCAGGAUUGCUCAAUGGAGUGAAAAAUCUGUUGUCACCGACAUUUAUAUCGAGAACAUCGAAUGAAACAUCUACAGAAAAUAUUCAGCCAAUCAUAACAUCUCAACAACAAGAAAACACAACCGAACAAUUGGUUGAUGCAAACGAUUCGUCCAGCGUUUCUACUAAACCAACAUCUGUCCUAGAUGAUACAUUACAAACUGACCAGAGUAUUUUAUCAAUAUCUAAUAUUUCAAGUGCUGAUACUGAUCAUCAACAAAAUUAUCCAACGGCCGAUAAAUCGAUAAAGACUGAAGAAAAACAACAUAGUGUACUCGAUUUUGUUGUUGAAGCCUUAUCAAAUGUCAAAGAAACAAUAUCAAGUCUUGGUACGUCUGAUGAAAAAACUGUCUUACGUGAAUCUUCAUCAAAUUUGUCUGAUAAAUCAAUAAUUAAUACUCUGGAGUCUGACGAUUUAGAUGACAAGAAAGAAAAACAAACGUUUAUUGAAAGCAUCGAAGAGAUUGUUGAUAAUACAAAUAUAACGAUUUUACCUAAACAAGAAAAAGUAACUCCGAUCAUAAAACAAUUCAUAAUUUCCCAUUAUUCUUCUGAUUCAAAUCAAUUUGAAGCCACCGAUACUGAACGUGAUCAUCAUUCUUCUACUUAUCAAACAUUAACAGAUGAUAAUAAACAACACGAUUUAUUUGCGAACAAACUUUCAUAUGACAAACUUCAAGUGAUCCAUGAUGAUUAUCCAUGGUAUUCAAGUCACUAUACAAUCGCCGAUGCAGAAGCAAGGAUUGUUCAAUUAUAUAAACGAUUAAAUCUUGUUAAUGAACAAAACCGUUCUUCAACAAAAGUUGAAUUUCAUGAAACCCUCAUUACCCACGACCAUGAAUUACAAAAAGAAAAAGAUAAAGAUGAUGAUAAUGAUGAAUCUCAUAUUGUACAACAUCCCAAACACAUACCUUCGUCAACAACACAUACAAAAACAUUAAUAACAUCAAGUACACCGACCACGGUACUACCAAUUAGUUCAGAUGUAGAUUUUGAACCAGUUAUUCUUCAUGAACAUCCAACCGCACCAGUCGUUACUUCUUCGGUCGUAUCACAAACCAUAAACAUCGCCAGUAAAACAAAACAUAAGAAAAAAAAGAAGAAAGGUAAAAAGGAAACAAUCUUAUUCGAUGUACCUGAAUCGAUAUCAUCUGAUGCAAACAAGCCGAAAAAAGAUACUUUACAAUCUGAAUUAGUAGAACAGAUGUGUCCGAAGAAAAUGGAAACAAUAGAUUCUUCUCAAAUCACUAUAAUUUCUCAUGAACAACAAAAACCAGAAGUUUUACCAACAUUGAUUAAUUCUAAUACUGAUAAGUUAAAACAAAAGGCUAAUAAAAAGAAAAAAUCAACUUCUAACGAUGUUGCGACAUUAUUACCUACUCCAGUGACAAUAGUUUCAGGAGAAGAAAAAACAAAUACUCAAACAAUCAAACAACAAGCCAUAGAUAAAAAGACAAUUUUACGAUCUUCAUCAUCAUCUACGGCAAUAAUUACACCAACUAUUCGUACUAAAGUAACUUCUCUACCACAAGAAGAAGAAGAAGAACAAGACGAUAAUGCAGGAUUUCAAUUAGUACAUUAUCACAAACGAAUACUUUCAGUAACAAAAUCUGAGAAAACUUCACCACCACCUAUAACUACUUCAAAGGAAAUUUUCAGUUCUGAUCUCAAUCUAAAAACAUCACUAAGUCAUGAACAAAAGAAUUUACCAACAUCAACAACUGAUGUCACUCAAAGCACAACAUCAAAGAAGUCGAAAAAUAAACACAAAAGACAGAAAAAAGAAAUAGUUUCUUCAUCUAACGUUGAACAACAAACAAUACAUAAAGAAACAAUUAUACAAUCUCCAAUUUUAUCAUCAUUUCUAAUUGAAGAUUCAAACGUACAAUCAAAACCAACUGUCCCAUCAAUCACGAAGGCUACAAAAGUUCUUACAAAAACUCUACCAUCUUCUGAAGAAGAAGACAAUGAAGGUUUUCAAGUUGUGCACUAUCGCAAACAUAUAACAUCAGCGAUACGAACUCGAAAAGCUCCACAAUCAUCAUCAAAAACAAAAAAUGUUUAUGAACAAAAUAUUAGUCGCCAUAUUGACCCUAAAUCCGUAGCCAUUCAGGGACGUCAUGAUUCAACAUCCCGAUCCAUCCCUCAUACAAUUGCUACUAGCAAAACUUAUUCUGACAAACAACAAAAGGACCAAACAUCCAUAAUUAAUACUCAACCUCGAUUAGCAUCAACUGAAAUGCACCUUAUUACAUCGACUAAUAUCGAUAACAGUUUCGAAAUGCCUAAAGUCAUGAAAAAAUUAGAAUCAAAACCAGAUCAAUGUCAACAACAUGUAAAAGACUCAAAAUAUGAAACAAUUUCUAGCCUAAAGCCCAAAUCAGAUCAAUCAUCUUCUGAAGAACAACCAAUCAAACUAAUUGUUAAAGAAUAUCACAUGUCAACAAAACCUGAUAUUAAAACUACAAAUGAAAAAUCAUCAACUGACAAAAUUAUUCCAUCCACAGUAUUACAUACUAGCAGUAUCAACAUUCAAAAAUCUAAAAUAAUAGAAGACGAUAAUGAUAAUGAUGGAUUUCAAAUUGUACGUCAUCACAAACAUAAAACUUCAACAAUAACGAAACAAUCCAAAUUAACUUCAACUAUUGAUCAGAAAACAACAAAUACUUAUGUUAAACAAGAUUCAUUUACAUCAACAAAUGCCAAACAAAAAUCUAAGAAAUUAAAACCAACCAAUGAACAUACUUUAUCAUCAUUAAUAAUUGAUAAUGAUUUUUCUCCAUUAGCUAUCGAAGAAACUCAAGAUCAAACAACAAACGAAAAUAUACGACAAACUCCUGAAUUAAAAAUUAGAGUUUCAAAGAAUUUUUUUUCUAAUUCAAAUGAAACAAUAUCAAACACUAAAACAUACGAAACUAAAACUUCACAAAUAAAUGAACACAUACAUUCAAUAGAUAAUACUCAAAAUCAAUUGCAAUCAAGAAUAUCAAAUCAAGAAUUAUCUAUAUCAUCGAAUAAACUUCCUCAUAAAGUUAAUGAUCGUUUAAAAACUGAAUCAAUUAAAUCUAUUGGACUUUCUCAAACUUCAUCUACUGAUAUGCUUUCAACACCAACUACAAAUAUAAACAAUGAACAAAAUAAAACAAUAUCAAAUGAAAAAGUUUUAAAACGAAAAAAGAAGAAAUUACAUACUGAAACAAAAAUAGAUGAUAAAAGUUUAUUAACUUCUUCAACAAGUACAAUUCUUACAACACAUAAAAAUAUAGAAUCCGAUAAUGAUAAACAAAAAUCUAAAACAACAGUUACUCCAUCUAUUACUUCACUUCCUGAUGAUACAUCAGAAAUCUUAUCCAUAAAAGAGCAUAAAUCACAAGAAAUAAAAACAAAUAUACCAGAAACUAUUUCUUUAACGUCAUCAAAAAUUGAAACAACAGAAUUUUUAACUUCUCCUACAUCAAAAUCAAUUCAUCUUAUUCAAGAUCAAGUAUCUUAUGAAGAAACACCUAGCAAAUUAGAUUUAUUUUUACCUGAAUAUAUGCGUCAACAAAUUGAGACAUAUCCAGAAAGUUCAUCAUCAAUAGUUAAUUCUGAUUUUACUUCAAAUACAACAUCAUUUGAUAUUAUUCAAAACAAACAACAACAAUCUAAAAUGUUUAAAAAAAAUCUUGAAACAAAAAUUUUAUUAACAAACAAAUUCGAUAAUACGAACAAACAACAUAAAUCACAAAGAAAUUUAAGUGAUAGUGAAAAUAUGAACGAUGAUGAUGAAUUUAUUAUUCAAACUUUUCAUUCUAAUCUACCAAAUGCAUCACAAGAAAAAUCAACUAAUAUUUCUAUUGAACAAAAUAUUGAUAAUAUUCUUUCACGUGGUUUUCAUCAUUGGUUAGAAGAAAGUCAAGCAUUAUCACAACAACAAGAUACUUCAUCAUCUGUUUGUAGUUUAACACAUGCUAUGCAAAGUAUUAUUAUUCAACCUAUAGAAAGUGAUGAUGAUGACAGUUCAUAUAUUGAAUCUCAAACUAUUGAACCUACUUAUAUAAUUGGUGUUCGUCCUGAAAAAAGAAUUCAUAUUCAUAAUGCAUAUUCAAUUAAUCAUCCUGAAUCUAUUUCAUCAUCUUCAUACUUUAUAACUCAAUCAAAUAAUAAGACAUUUGAAGAUGAUUCAAGAAAAUAUAAUUCAGAUAAUGAAGAAGAUUCAAUGAAUGAUACAUCAAAAAAACAACAUUCUAAUCAAACUGAUACAAAAUCAUUAACAAAAGAAAAGCAACAAUCAAAUUCUAUUAAUGAUAAUCAUCUACAAAUAAGUUUUACUAUUGAUGAUGUACAACGAUGUUUAGGUGAAGAUUUUUAUCAUCAAAUGGAUAAUAAUAAUAAUAAUAAUAAUAAUAUUAGUAAUAACAAUAAUCAUUCAAUUAAUUAUGAUGAUUGGGCAUAUUUUCUUGAACAUAAAAAUUCUUAUCAUAUUGGAUAUGAUUUAUCAACAUCAUUAGAAUGUUUCUAUGCUCAAACGUGUGAGGAUGAUACUUUUCUUUCUAAUACAAUACCUAUUCAUUAUUCAAUUCAACGUGAAAAACAACGUUAUGGAGAUUUUUUAACAUUAAAUAAUGAUAAGAUUACACCUCAAUCAAUGAUUAAAUUGUCUUCAUAUAGUUCUAAACCGUCGGAAUCUUUUCAAAGAUGGAAAAAACAUAAAUCAAUUUCAAAUCAAUAUCAAAAUGAUGAUGAGAUAUUUAUAUCACAUUCGACUAAUGGUCUUUGUCGACAAGUGACACCGUAA